AUGACCCUGCUGAGCACAGACACCCCAACUGGCAAUGCCGACUCUGGCUCCGGCCAGUGCGCGGCCGCUCGGGAUUCGGAGCGCCAGCUGCGCCUUCGCCUCUGCGUUCUCAACGAGAUUCUGGGCACCGAGAGGGACUACGUGGGCACCUUGCGCUUUUUGCAGUCGAAUGUGGCUGACUCAGUGGAGAAGGGCCUCACGGAGGAGAACAUCAAGAUCCUGUUCUCGAACAUCGAAGACAUCCUGGAAGUUCAUAAGGAUUUCUUGGCCGCCUUGGAGUAUUGUUUACAUCCAGAGCCACAAUCUCAGCAUGAACUUGGGAACGUUUUCUUAAAAUUCAAGGACAAGUUCUGCGUAUACGAGGAAUAUUGCAGCAACCACGAGAAGGCCCUGCGGCUGCUUGUGGAACUGAACAAAAUCCCCACUGUGCGCGCCUUCCUUUUGAGCUGCAUGCUUCUGGGAGGCCGAAAGACCACGGACAUCCCUCUGGAGGGCUACCUGCUGUCCCCAAUUCAGAGGAUCUGCAAAUACCCACUCCUCCUCAAGGAGCUGGCCAAGAGGACCCCUGGCAAACACCCGGACCACCCUGCGGUCCAGAGCGCCCUGCAGGCCAUGAAGACCGUCUGCUCCAACAUCAACGAGACGAAGCGGCAGAUGGAGAAGCUGGAGGCCCUGGAGCAGUUGCAGUCCCACAUCGAAGGCUGGGAGGGCUCCAACCUCACGGACAUCUGUACCCAGCUCCUCUUGCAAGGGACUUUGUUAAAAAUCUCUGCAGGCAACAUCCAGGAGAGAGCCUUCUUCCUCUUUGACAACCUCCUUGUCUAUUGCAAGCGGAAAUCCAGGGUCACCGGGGGGAAGAAAUCCACCAAGAGGACCAAAUCCAUCAAUGGCUCCCUCUACAUCUUCAGGGGUCGAAUCAACACUGAAGUCAUGGAGGUGGAGAACGUGGAAGAUGGGACAGCGGAUUACCACAGCCAUGGCUACACCGUCACCAAUGGCUGGAAGAUCCACAACACAGCCAAGAACAAGUGGUUUGUCUGCAUGGCCAAGACGGCAGAGGAGAAGCAGAAGUGGCUGGAUGCCAUCAUCCGCGAGCGGGAACAGCGCGAGAGCCUGAAGCUGGGCAUGGAGCGGGAUGCCUACGUCAUGAUUGCAGAGAAGGGGGAGAAGCUUUACCACAUGAUGAUGAACAAGAAGGUGAACCUGAUCAAGGACCGCCGGAGAAAGCUGAGCACCAUCCCCAAGUGCUUCCUUGGCAAUGAGUUUGUUGCGUGGCUCUUGGAAAUUGGUGAAAUCAGCAAGACUGAAGAAGGAGUCAACUUGGGCCAAGCCUUGCUGGAGAAUGGUAUUAUCCACCAUGUCUCUGACAAGCACCAGUUCAAGAACGAGCAGGUGAUGUACCGUUUCCGCUACGACGAUGGCACCUACAAGGCCCGCAGUGAGCUGGAGGACAUCAUGUCCAAGGGCGUGAGGCUUUACUGCCGUCUUCACAGCCUCUACACCCCUGUGAUCAAAGACCGUGAUUACCACCUGAAGACCUACAAGUCGGUGCUGCCUGCGAGCAAGCUGGUGGACUGGCUGCUGGCUCAGGGAGAUUGCCAGACGCGGGAGGAGGCGGUGGCGCUUGGCGUGGGUUUGUGUAACAACAGCUUCAUGCACCAUGUGCUGGAGAAGAGCGAGUUCAAGGAUGAGUCUCAGUACUUCCGCUUCCACGCCGACGAGGAGAUGGAGGGAAUUAGCAGCAAGAACAAGCAGCUCCGCAAUGACUUCAAGCUGGUGGAGAACAUUCUGGGCAAGCGCCUGCUGAUCCUGCCCCAGGAGGAAGACUAUGGCUUCGACAUGGAGGAGAAGAACAAGGCCGUGGUGGUGAAAUCAGUACAGAGGGGCUCGCUGGCUGAGCUGGCCGGCCUGCAGGUGGGGCGGAGGAUCUACUCCAUCAACGAGGACCUGGUGUUCCUGCGCCCUUUCGCCGAGGUGGAGUCCAUCCUCAACCAGUCCUUCUGCUCCCGCCGCCCCCUGCGCCUCCUGGUGGCCACCAAGGCCAAAGAGAUCGUCAAAGUCCCCGACCAUCCAGAGGCUCUGUGCUUCCAGAUCCGUGGAGCUGCCCCGCCAUAUGUCUACGCUGUGGGGAGAGGCUCAGAGGCUGCGGCCGCAGGGCUCUGUGCUGGCCAGUGUAUCUUGAAGGUCAACGGCAACAACGUGAUGAAUGAUGGUGCCCCAGAAGUCCUGGAGCACUUCCAGGCAUUCCGGAACCGCCGAGAGGAGGCCCUGGGCCUGUACCAGUGGGUCUACCACACCCACGAGGAUGCCCAGGAGGCCCGAGCCAGCCAGGAGGCGCCCGGCGAGGACCCCAGUGGUGAGGGGACUCGGGAGGAAGACCAGCCUGACUCAGCCUUCCCCCUGCUGUCCCUGGGUCCUCAGCUGAGCCUGCAUGAGGACAGCCCUGUGGUCAGCCUAACUGUGGACAACGUGCACCUGGAACACGGCGUGGUGUACGAGUACGUGAGCACAGCAGGUGUCAAGUGUCACGUGCUGGAGAAGAUCGUGGAGCCCCGCGGCUGCUUCGGCCUCACAGCCAAGAUCCUCGAGGCCUUUGCUGCCGAUGACGGUGUCUUCGUGCAGAAUUGUGGGCGGCUCAUGGCGCUGAACAACAACAUCAAGACCAUGUCCCAUUAUGAAUUUCGUAAUAUCUGCGACACCAAGCUGGAGAGCAUCAGCCAGAGGAUUGUCUGCUACCAGGAGUUUGCAGCCCAGUUGAAGAGCAGGGUCAGCCCACCCUUCAAACAAGCACCCCUGGAACCCCAUCCACUGUGCGGCCUGGACUUCUGCCCCACCAACUGCCACAUCAACCUCAUGGAAGUGUCCUACCCCAAGACCACUCCCUCGGUUGGCAGGUCCUUCAGUAUUCGCUUCGGUCGUAAACCCUCCCUCAUCGGCCUCGACCCAGAGCAAGGCCACCUGAACCCUAUGUCCUACACCCAGCACUCCAUCACCACCAUGGCUGCCCCAUCCUGGAAGUGCCUGCCUGCUAUGGAUGGGGACCUCCAAUGCCAGGGUCUCCAUGACAGCAGCUUUGGGUCAGCCAAUGGGGCUCUGGGACUGGAGGACCGGGGCCUGAGCUUCCUCCUCAAGCAAGAGGACCGUGAGAUCCAGGAUGCCUACCUGCAGCUCUUUACCAAACUGGACGUGGCCCUGAAGGAGAUGAAGCAGUAUGUCACUCAGAUCAACAGGCUGCUGUCCACCAUCACGGAGCCCACCUCAGGUGGGUCCUGCGAUCCACCCUUAUCUGAGGAGGCCUCGUCCUCCCCACUGGUCAGUGAAGAGAGCGAGAUGGACAGGACCGACCAUGGGGGCAUCAAGAAAGUGUGCUUCAAGGUGUCUGAGGAGGAUCAGGAAGACUCGGGUCAUGACACCAUGAGCUACCGUGACUCCUACAGUGAGUGUAACAGUAAUCGGGACUCCGUCCUGUCCUGCACCAGCAUGAGAAGUAACAGCUCCUACCUGGGCAGUGACGAGAUGGGGUCUGGAGAUGAGCUGCCCUGUGACAUGCGGAUCCCAUCAGACAAGCAGGACAAGCUGCACGGGUGCCUGGAACAUCUCUUUAACCAGGUGGACUCCAUCCACACGCUCCUCAAGGGUCCGGUCAUGAGCAGGGCUUUCGAAGAGACCAGGCAUUUCCCCAUGGACCACAGCUUGCAAGAGUUCAAACAGAAAGAAGAGUGUACAAUGCGUGGCCGGAGCUUGAUCCAGAUCAGCAUUCAGGAGGACCCCUGGAACCUCCCCAACUCCAUCAAGACCCUGGUGGACAACAUUCAGAGAUACGUGGAAGAUGGGAAGAACCAGCUGCUCCUGGCCUUGCUGAAAUGCACAGAAGACACCACCCUGGGCCUAGAAAGGCAGCUGGGAAGGCCCAGCCUCACCUUCUCCUUCUCAGAUGAGGACCCCGGGGUCCAGUGCAUCAGUUCACCAGUCACCAUGAUGCGCCAGAAGGAGGAACGGAUCAUGCUGGAGGACAUCUGGGUGACCCUGUCGGAACUGGACAAUGUCACCUUCUCUUUUAAGCAGCUGGACGAGAACUAUGUGGCCAACACCAACGUCUUCUACCACAUCGAGGGCAGCCGGCAGGCGCUGAAGGUCGUCUUCUACCUCGACGGCUACCACUUCUCGAAGCUGCCAUCCCGCCUGGAGAGUGGGGCCAGCCUGAGGCUGCACACCGUGCUCUUCACAAAAUCUCUGGAGAACGCCGAGGGGCCGCCUCCCCCGGGCGGCCAGGCUGCGGAAGACUUGCAGCAGGAGAUCAAUGCCCAGUCCCUGGAGAAGAUUCAGCAGUAUUACCGCAAACUCAGGGCAUUUUACCUGGAACGGUCUAACCUGCCCACGGAUGCCAGCACCACGGUGGUGAAGAUAGACCAGCUGAUCCGCCCCAUCAAUGCCCUGGAUGAGCUCUGCCGCCUCAUGAAGUCCUCCGUCCACCCCAAGCCUGGUGCUGCUGGCAGCUUGGGCGCUGGCCUCAUCCCCAUCUCCUCCGAGCUCUGCUACCGCCUGGGGGCUUGCCAGAUCGCCAUGUGCGGCACGGGCAUGCAGAGGAGCACCCUGAGUGUCUCCCUAGAGCAGGCAGCCAUCCUGGCUCGAAGCCACGGGCUGCUGCCCAAGUGCAUCAUGCAGGCCACGGACAUCAUGCGGAAGCAGGGCCCCAGGGUGGAGAUUCUGGCCAAAAAUCUGCGGGUCAAGGAUCAGAUGCCCCAGGGUGCACCGCGGCUCUACCGCCUCUGCCAGCCGCCGGUGGACGGAGACCUCUGAGCGCCGAGACGCACGGUGCUUGGCCGCGUCCUCUGGACCUGGGAUUUGAGAAGACACACGGGCCCACGCUGGCCUUCUCCAGAGCUGGCCCAAGGCCCCCGUCCGCUCUGGGGUCUGCCUAGCCCUCUCCAUCACCUCUUAGAAGGACAAGCAGUGUCCCCUCUCUCAGAAGAGCUGGCCAAUCGGCCAGGGGCCGGCACAUUCUCCACACUUGUGCCAAAAGUCCAAGAGGUGCUGGGAACCCACAGAGCUGAUGGGUACAGCCAAGGCCGGGGCUCCUGCCCGCGAAUCCCCAGGACACCGCGGAGAAGUCAUGGGCGCUGCAGCUGGAGGCCCGCAGACUCGGCUCCCUCGGGAUGGCUCAACCUGCACUUUUGAAACCGCUGGUUUCCCUGUAAGUCCACAUUCCAGGUGACACACACGUCUCCUCCUCCUCCUCCUCACCUUCACUUCCAGAUCCCCCCCAACUGUGUACUAACCUGCUGGGUGGACUCGGACAAGCCGGGCCUUUGCCAGGAGACACAGAGGGACAGGGCACAUCACCUGUCACCAAGAGGACACCUGACGGCCACACCAGCUUCUGGCAGCACCGCCAUUGGAACUUGAGCCAUCAGGCCUGGCACGAGAUUUGCUUUGACUUUAUUUAUAUGGCGCGAAAUCGCUAUAGUUUAUUUUGGAGUUUUACGUUGUCGGUGGUGUUGUCAAGACUUUUUUUUUUCCAGGUUUUGUGAUUAUAUAUUUGACAUUUUAAAUUUCAAAGAAAGGUAUAUUGUCUAACAGGGGACCAACAUAAGGUAGUAUUGACAGCUUUUCCCAGUGCUACUAAAAGGAAAAAAAAACUAAAUUAUUGAAAAUUCGAAAAAAAUCAGUAUUUCAUCUUUUUUAAUAUUAGGGUCAUAAGGUAUCACUCACGGCUAUGGACUGUGAUUCCUCCUCUCCCCACCCCCAACUCUCCAGCAGUCGGUCAAGUAUUAGAUUGAAUUACUUUGCUCUCUUUGAAUGACUGGCUACAGGGGUUUGAGAGGUGUCUAGGCUGGCUCUGGGCACUGGAGGGAGUUGAACCACUCACCUGAGAUGCUGUUCCACACAGGUGUGUCCUACAAGUAGGAAGGCCACUGGGAAACGUUGGGUGGUGGCUUCUGUAAUUUAUUUUUUUGACGUUAGUUCAGAGCAGGGUGUUUGGGACUUCUCAGCCGGCCAGAGAGAGGAAGCCAACCUGGCCACUUUUGGGCACGAGGACCCGCCCAGGGACCGCCUCAGCAGUUUGUCCCCUCCAGCUCCUGCACCCCAGCAGAUUGGUGUGGGUUUCUCACUGCCCCGGAGGUUUGAAGCCCCACCUGGGGCCCCCAGGGGCCACCUUCCUGAGCACUAGACUGCAAGAGGCAGGCUUAUUGCUGGACACUGGCGACGCAGACACAAACGAGGACCUGCGUUAGCCCUGUGGGGGGAGGGGACAGAGAGGGGCCCCGGAAGGCAGGGGCCUCGUGCACUGGUUUACUUUAAAAUGUACAGAUUCUUCUCCUUAAAUUCAUGAUAGAUUUUUUUAUUGUUAUU